CACGAGCUUGAAUAAAAAGGAACAGAAAUACAACAACAACUGCAUCCCCAGAGAGUAGUUGAAAAUUGAAUGGAAAAAGCAGCGUUGAUGAAAGCAAUCGGGUGAGAAAUCGGUUUAAAGCGACAGACAGAGAGGGAGAGAGAGAGCGACAUACAGGCAGAGGGAGAGAGGAGCAGAGGGGACAGUCGGACAGGCUGUCCUUUAAAUCGAAUAGCAAAAUGUGCAAGGGCAGCAGUCCCAGUGCAAAUGCAACGCUUACAAACUUAUUAGCAAAAUGCAGAAAGUCAACAAAUGCUCCCAGCGGCGGCAGCAGCGACGCUAGCAAUUGUCAGCCGAGGCGCCUGAAAGUGUCAGAGGGAAAGACAGAGCCACAGAAGCAAAGAGUAGAGCACCAAAACAUGCAGCACCAGCAGGAGCAGCAGCAGCAGCAGCAGCAGCAGCAGGAGCAGCACCAGCACCAGCAGGAGGAACAUAAUCAGCGGCAACAUCAACAACGUCAGGAACAAGGACAUCAAAUAAAGCAAAUGGCAACAGGGACAAUUGCUGAGGACAAGGAACAUGAGCAGAAACACGAAUUUGGACGAGACCAAAAACAGCGUCGUCCAAAUUGCAAUAAUGUUGCCAAAGUGCAGCAGCAGCAGCAGCAGCAGCAGUCGAGACAGCAAUUCAAGCAACAUCAGCUUGGCUGCUCCUCGCUUGUCCUGUGGUUAAUGCUGACGACGACAGCAGCUGCAGCAGCAGCAGCAACAACAACAACAACAACAACAACCACAACUAGCAAACCAGCAGCAACAAUUGCCCAGCGAGCCGCCCGCUCCCUGAGCAGCGGUCACAGCAGUCUAAGCAGCAGCGUCGGCAGCGGCGUCGGCGUUGGCAAGAGCAGCGCACGUGAGCUGCACUAUGAGCUGAACAGCGGCGCAGCAGCAGCAGCGGCAGCGGCUGCAGGCAAUGGCGGUGCAGGCGGUGGUGCAGCGGGCAUCGAGUGCCCCAGCUUCGACGAUAGCUCCGCCUGUCCCUGCUACAAGUUUGAAGAUGGCCUCUUUCUGGAGUGUCCCGGGACGACGGCGCUGUCGCUGCGCUCGACGCUGGAGCGCAUCUCGGCGCCGAUACACUCGCUCUCCAUCUACGACUUCGAUCGGUCGGUGACAUCGCUCUCGCAGGACGUCAUCCAGCCGGGCGUGCACAUACGCCAUUUGCAGUUCUCGCACUCGCACCUGGAGGCGCUCAAGGAGAACAGCUUGCGCAAUGUGCGCGGCAGCCUCGAGUCGCUCAGCAUUGUCAACGGCAAGCUAACGCAGCUACCCUCUCGGGCCCUCAGCUCCAUGCAGAAGCUGACCGCGCUGGACUUUGACUACAACGAGAUUGUGCGCAUCGAGGACUACAGCUUCUAUGGGCUGCGCGUGUCCAAGCUGAACAUCAAGGGCAACCGGCUGCAGACCAUACCGGAGCAUGGCUUCGCCGGACUGGAGGACUGCAUGCAGGAGAUUGACGUGUCGGAGAACGGCCUGCGCACAUUUCCGAUGAUGGCGCUGCGCAAGCUGGAUCACCUGCGCAUCCUGCGGCUAUCCAACAACAAGAUCUCCACCUUCUACGGCGACAUUCAGCUGGCCACGAACAACGCCUCGGCGGCAGCGGCAACGGCAGCCGCUCUGCAGCUACCCUCGCUGAUCCUGCUGGAUCUGAGCUCGAAUCAGUUCAGCGAGAUCGCGCACGACUGCUUUCGCGCCUUUCCCCAGCUGAAGACGCUGUCGUUCUAUGCCAACCAGAUUGAGAUCGUGCAGCCGGAGGCCUUCAGGAGCCUCAAGGAGCUGAUGUCGCUGGACAUGUCGCACAAUCGCAUCAUCACGCUCGAUCCGAAGGUCUUCGACAAGAACAAACGCCUGCAGACAGUCGACCUCAGCCACAACCACAUACACGCCAUCGGUGGGGUCUUCUCCAACCUGCCGCAGCUGCGCGAGGUGUUCCUCUCCGAGAACAAUAUACUGGAGCUGCCCGCGGAUGCGUUCACCAAUUCGACCAAUGUGGAUGUCAUCUACUUGGAGUCGAAUGGCAUUGCCCACAUCGAUCCCAAUGUGUUCAGCACCUUGGCCAACUUGGAUCACUUGUAUUUGCGCUCCAACUUCAUUCCCCUGGUGCCCGUCACCCUCUUCGAUAAGUGCACGAAGCUGUCGUCGCUGUCGCUGGACAACAAUGAGAUCCAGGACCUGGAGAUCGGCAUGUUCCGCAAGCUGGAGCAGCUGCGCGAGGUGCGGCUGCACAACAAUCGCAUUCGCCGCGUGCGGAAGGGCGUCUUCGAGCCGCUGCCGGCGCUGCAGGAGCUGCACAUCCAGAAGAACAACAUCGAGGACAUUGAGCCGGGCGCCUUCCAUACCUUGGCCAACAUGCAGCACAUCAAUCUGCAGGACAAUCAGCUGACCAUGCUGGAGGACAUCUUUCCGGAGCAGAACUCCUCGCUGCUCUCCAUUCAGCUGGAGGCGAACUAUCUGCACAAGAUCCACCAGCGCACGUUCCGGCAGCAGCAGCGCAUUCAGAUCAUGUGGCUGCGCGACAAUCAGCUGGUGAAGAUCGACCGAUCGCUGUUCGUGGACACGCCGCACCUGGGCCGGCUCUAUCUGAGCAACAAUCGGAUACGCGAGAUCGAGAAGGACACCUUCGUCAGUCUGGGUCUGCUCAAGUUCCUCGACCUGAGCGGCAAUCAGCUGCGUCAGCUGCGGCGCGACUACUUCUCCACGUUGCACAGCCUGGAGGAGCUCAGUCUGGCCAACAAUCAGAUCGAGGCCAUCGAGGGCUACGCCUUCAGCCGGCUGAAGCAGCUCAAGUCCCUGGAUCUCUCCCACAAUCCGCUGGUGCAGCUGACACGCGACAUAUUUAUGGACGAGCUGCCCCUGAGCACGCUCAAUCUGCGCAACACCUCGCUGCGCAAGCUGGAGCAGCACACGUUCAAGUCCAUGCAGAAUCUGAAUGAGCUCAAUCUGGAGCGCAAUCAGCUCAAUCCGGCGGACAUACAGAAGCUCGACGUGCCCAGCCUGCGGCGACUGCAUCUCUCGCACAACAACUUCAGCCAUGUGGGCAUUGGCGGCGCCGUUGGCGGCAUCAUGUCGGGCAUGUUCGACAAGCUGCGCUCCCUGCAGCAGCUCUCCAUGGCCAACUGCAGCCUGAGCAGCAUACCCGACCAGCUGUUUGCCAAGAACACGAACCUGGUGCGCAUCGAUCUGUGCGACAAUCAGCUGACCGAGAUGAACCGCAACAUCUUCAGCGGCCUGAACGUGUUCAAGGAGCUGCGUCUGUGCCGCAACAAUCUCGUCGAGUUCCCGCACAUCGCCCUCUACAAUCUGAGCACGCUGGAGACACUGGAUCUGGCCAAAAACCAACUCAACUCCAUUGACUUCUUCAAGCUGAGCGGCACCCUCAAUCUGCGCCAGCUGGUGCUGCGCGACAACAAGAUCAGCUCGCUGAGCGGCUUCAAUGCGGUCAACCUAACCCAACUGGACAACGUGGAUCUCAGUGGCAAUCUGCUGCUCUCGCUGCCGGCCAACUUUCUGCGGCACUCGAUCAAUCUGCAGCGCGUCGACUUGUCCAGCAAUCGGUUCCUGCAGAUACCCAGCUCGGCGCUGUCGGACGUGUCUAUACCGCGCCUGUCCUGGCUCAAUCUGACCGGCAAUCCCAUCAACAAGAUCUAUACGGUGAAGGAGGAGCGUUAUCUCUACCUCAAGGAGCUCUACAUCUGCCAGACGAACCUCUCCAUACUCACGUCCAAGGACUUUGAAGCCUUCCAGGCACUGCAGCAUCUGCAUUUGGUCAACAAUCGCAUCACACGCAUCUCGCCCGGCGCCUUCAAGUCGCUCGUGAAUCUGCUCACCCUGGACAUCAGCGUCAACGAGCUGGAGAUGCUGCCCAAGGAGCGCCUGCAGGGACUUCGCCUCCUGCGCCUGCUCAACAUAUCCCACAACACGCUCAAGGAUCUGGACGAGUUCAGCAGCGAGCUGGGCCAGCUGCAGACGCUGGACCUCAGCUUCAAUCAGCUGGAUCGCAUCUCCAAGAAGACCUUCCGCAACCUGCACGGACUCGUCGAGCUGCUGCUCAUGGGCAACCGGAUGACGGCGCUGUCCAACGACGCCUUCCGCUACUUGCGGAAGCUGCAUCUGCUCGAUCUGCGCAAGAACUACUUUGAGCUGGUGCCGCUGGAGCCGCUGAGGCCGCUCGAAACGAAUCUGCGCACACUGAAGCUGGAGGAGAAUCCACUGCAUUGCAGCUGUGAUGCACAAAAGCUCUGGGAAUGGCUGCGGGAUCAUCGCAAAUGGUCGCUAUCGCCAACGGGCGGUGAUAACAUUAAUUAUCUGAGGUGCGAACACCCGACGGAACUGCGCGGCAAGGUGUUUGGCCGCAUGGAGCCGCAGCAAUUCUGUGAUGCCCCAUUAAUACCCAAAAUGGCCAUACAGGACAUACAGCCAUAUUCGGUGGUCGUCUCCUGGCAGAGUCGCGACCAUUUGGGCCUCACUGGCUUUGAAAUUGUUUACCACGCCACCGGCGAUGGACUCAUUGCGGCACCAGCCGACCGCGACGACACCCGAGGCCGCACCGAUAAUCAUCACGAACGGGAUAGAGAUAGACAGCGGGAGCGGGAGAGGGACCGGGACCGGGACCGGGACUACGAUAUGCCACGCCAGCACAGCGAGUUUGAGCGAGACAGCGAGAGGGAGCGCCUGGCCCAGUUUGCUGCCACGGAUGAGAUACACGGCAAGCGGCUAAACGGCACGGCCAGCUCGACAAAGCUAACGAAAUUGAGUCCCAACACGCGCUAUCACAUCUGCGUCAUCGGCACGGGUAAUUGGCUCUCGGAGCCGUUGGCCAAUGCGCUCCAAAGGCUGCACUACAAUGAGUCGCGCGACGAGCUGCUGCUCACGCUGGCAGCAGCUGGUGAUGGGCCCCUGGCCGCCGCCCUGCCCUCCAUGCCGGACAGCUACUCGCCGUAUCAGCAUCUGAACGGCGCCAUCCACGAGCAGCACCAGCUCCAGCAGCAGCAGCAGCAGCAGCAGCAGCAGCAGGCGCUGAUUGAGAACAGCAUUGUGACGGACAAGGCGCUGCAUGAGGUGCUCAAGAACUCGCACAUCUCGGCCUGCACCGACGUCCAGACCCUGGACUCCACGCCCAGCCUGAUCACGGACGAGAACGGGCUGUCGAGCAACGGCUUCAUACACUCGAUACUGACGCGUCGCCUGGGCCUGAUUGUCGGCUGCUGCUUGGGCAUCAUUGUGUUCAUUGUGAUGAUAUCGGUGCUCAGCUACGUGAAGCUCAAGAAGCAGCGCAUCGAGAACGCCAAGCGGCAGGCGGCCAUGCCGCCCGAGUACAUCUCCUAUCGCCAUUUCUCCAUACCCAACGAGGAGCUGACGCGCACCGCGGCCAGCGUCAACAGCGCUGCGGCCGCAGCAGCCGCCGCCUCGGCGUCAACGGCGCCAGCUGGCGGCGCCCAUGGCAUGGCCAGCGUGCCGAGUGGCAUCAGUGCGCACAUUAGCGGCACCAGCUUGAGCACCGGCACCGGCACCGGCACCACCACCACCACGGCAACCACGCCCAUUGGCGGCGUGCCGUUGGCCUUGGCCAAGUCGGGCAGCCGCAGCCCCAUUGUGGGCAUCGGGGGACUCGUUGUCGAGAAUGGCGAUGCAGCGGGCAGCAUUGUGGCCGUCUCCACAUCGCCGGCGAGCAAUGCACCGCACACCAAUCACAGCCACAACAACCACCACCACCACCACCGGCCCAACAACGGGGCCAUCGGGGGCUACAUGGCGGCGGGCGUGGUGCUCAAUACGAACCAUUUGAGCGUCUGUUAGUCGCCCCACGCCGGAUUAUUUCAAUUGCAUUCGAUUUGCAGUGCACUUCAUGAAUGUUGCAUAUUAUAUGCGGAAAGACUUGCUCUCAGUUGUCGUCAUUAAUGGCAUUAUCCA